GGCCGUUCCCCCCCCUUGGAGCCUUUGCGACAGUGCGGGCAGAGCCGUCCGAUUGUUGUUGACCACCGAGGAGUUAAACCCCGUCGGAGUGAAGAUUAAAAAACUCCGAGUUUAGAGAAGGGGGGAUUGGAGUGAUUGGAAAGUGAGCGGUUGUUUAAUCGGGCCGGGAAUCGUGAUGCCAUUUGAUGUAGCCCCCGCUUUAAGUAAACGGCAGGAGAAGGAUUGGGUUUCUCCCUGAGGCCGUGAGGGAGGCGAGAGGCCGCGGCACCACCCUCCCUCACUCACUCCCUCCCUCACUCCGAAAUGCACAGGAAUAAGAGAUCUCCCGAGCCUAAGGGCCGGGGAGCGGCGAAAGCCCGACAGCUUGGGUUGCUGGUAGACUUCUCACCUGAUGACAGUAUGAUGAUGGAUAUAAAUGGUGAUGAGAGUGAUGCUGACUUGGAAGCUGAACUGGCAGAAAUUACUGGAGAAAAACCAGCUAGCAGAGGAAAACCUAAAGGAAAAGUCCCACUCCCUAUGGAAGAUAUUGAGAGAAUGGCUGCUCUGUGCAUGAAGGACCUUGAUGAAGAAGCCGAAGAUGAUGAUGAUGAUGGUGAUGUGGAUGAUGAUGCAGACUUGAUGGCUGAACUGAAUGAGGUGCUUGAGGAGGAUAGACAGAACAAGAAUGUGCCUUCCCCUGUAGAAAGUAAACUCACGUCUGACUCUCUUCCACAGUCCAAUAUGACGCCUGCAGUUACUGGCGGAUUAGAAGGCACUCUGGUGGAGCGGAUUGACAUGUACAGAUCUGCGAUCGACAAUGCCAAACAGUCUGGCGAGAGCUCUAAAGUUCGGAGAUAUGAACGUGGCCUUAAGACUUUGCAGUCCAUGCUUACAUCGCUGAAGAAGGGAAAGCAGAUUAAUGAAGAGGACAUCCCACCCCCAGUGGCUUCUGGCAAAAGUAGUAAUGCCUCAACGACCCCAUUCGCCUCUGGGACAUCAGCACCUUUAACAGAAGACCGAUCUGUCUUAAUUGACUUGGCUGUGCCCAGCGAACAUCCAGUGCCGGCAGCACAGUCUGCACCCCCUCCUUUACUACCCAAACCAAAGAUGUCUGUAUCUGAGGUUGCUCCACCUCCUUCAGUCAAAAGACCAAACAUGCAUGUGGAAGUGCCAGUGCCUGCCAAAAUGGAGGCAGCUACCCCCGUGUCUGAUAACAGAGCAGUAUCAUUGAAUUCAAGCAUGAAAGAAACAGUAAUGGGCAGACAGCGAGAGUACAAACUGGCAGCCCUUCAAGCCAAACGCAGCGGCGACACUGAGCUUGCAACAAAGUUAUACCGAAUAAGUAAGAAAUUUGAUCCUAUUCUUGAAGCACUGGGCAGAGGAGAGACUGUGGACUUGAAUGGCCUCCCACCCCCUUUCGAUCGUUUACCAAAGGAGCAACUGUCAAUCGCCCUUCCUCGGUCAUCUGCUCCCUCAUUGCCAGCCGUGUCUCCUUCACAGCCAUUGAUGUCAUCAUCAGCUAUCCCACCUCCCCCUAAAGAUCUCAUGGAGGCCCUUCAACAGAGAAUGGACAAGUACAAGUCUGCUGCUGCACAGGCCAAGACUGCAGGCAAUGACCGGAAAGCAAGGAUGCAUGAACGCAUAGUCAAGCAAUACCAGGAGGCCAUACGUGCAUAUAAAGGAGGAAGGAAUGUUAACCUGAGUGAACUCCCAGUGCCACCUGGUUUCCCACCGCUUCAGGGAGCCGAGAACGCUACACAGGAUCAAAGUAUUGUGGGGGUGCUGGAAAGUGCAAUGAAGCUAGCCAAUCAGCAAGUGAAUGAUGAUGAUAAUGAGGAUGAUGAGCCAGUACAGCAGGCACCUGCUCAGAGAGCUGCACCACAAACGUGGCCCAAGACUUCAGCCUCACGAGCUCCACCAGCAGCCCCUGCUAACACUGGGAAUCCAGCAACAAAACAACUCCCCAGCAAAGCCCAACAGCAGCUGGACUUCUUGCAGAACAGGAAGAAACAAUUCAUGAAGGCAGCACUCCGUACAAAGCAGAAGAAUGACAUGGAAGGAGCAAAACUGUAUCUUCGGCAGGCAAAAGGGCUGGACCCCAUGAUCGAGGCGGCCAAGGGUGGGCUACCUGUAGAUAUUACCAAGGUACCUGCACCCCCUGAAAAUGAGGACGACUUUGUACUGGUGCAGAAUCGAGGAGUGCACAUACCCCAGAAAACUGCACAGCAAUACCAUCAACUAAUGGAGGUGCUGAAACAGCAAUAUGAGAUGUGUAUGGAGUACUCAAAGCAAUACACACAUCUUGGAAGUGUAUCAGAGACCACCAAAUUUGAGAAAAUGGCAGAAGAUUGCAAAAAGAACAUUGAGGUUCUGAAGCAGGCGCAUGCCCAAGGCUAUCCUCCACCGAAGUGUCAUCAGGAGGAGAGAACCUUUCAAGUAGUAAAGAUUUUUCCCCAGCUCUCAAACAGUGACAUGGUCCUUUACAUUGUCAAAGGAAUCAACCUGCCUGCUCCUUCAGGUGUUGCACCGAAUGAUCUUGAUGCCUUUGUCAAGUUUGAAUUUGCCUUCCCAAACUCAGAGGAGGCACAGAAAGACAAAACCAAUGUGAUUAAAAAUACAAACUGUCCAGAAUUUAAUGAGCACUUUAAGCUGAACAUCAACCGAGGACAUCGUGCAUUCAAACGAGUGGUACAGACCAAAGGAAUUAAAUUUGAAAUACUCCAUAAAGGGGGUAUUUUCAAGAAUGACAAAGUUGUGGGCACAGCUCAGCUUAAGUUGGAAAAACUGGAGUCACAAUGUGAGAUUCGUGAAAUUCUGGAGGUCUUGGAUGGCAGGAAGACGACAGGAGGUCGGCUGGAGGUGAUUGUCAAAAUCAGAGAGCCCCUGAGCUCCCAGCAACUUGUGAAAGUGACAGAGAAGUGGCUGGUUAUUGACCCCCAGAGCUUGCCAGUGAUUGCGGUUCCAAAGUCAAAAGAGCGACGAGAACCUCUGCAGGUGGGACCUGGGAGUAAAUCGACCUUUCCUCUGCACAGCUUCAACAUAAUGAAGUUUGAUAAGGAGCGUAUAGAAAGGAAGAUCCACACGUGCAAACAGGAACACAAAGCUCCUCCAAAAGAGCUCCUGGAUCAGCAUCGGGAGCUUGCACAGCGGAUCCAGUGGCAGAAAGCGCAGUUGGAACGCCGGGACCCUGCUGUUCUGAAAGAGUAUGUGACACAGUUGGAGAAAUAUGUACACUACUACACAGACGCAGCUAAGCGACUGGGCACCGAAGGGAAUCGAGACUUGGCAAAAGAAGCAUUAUACAAGAGGAAGUUGGUGGAUGACGAGCUGCAAAGAUUCAGACGAUAAGGACUGUAGUGUUUGGAUUGGCUCCAUGUCUUCACUCACAGACUACAGUAAACACUCAUGGCAUCUAACCCACACCAGAAAACCACUCGAACUUUCAGGACUGUUGGAUGGGAAAAUCCAAUUCACCCCUCUGCAAGCAGUCCGACCAAUCCCUGAAACUCCUGUCUGGUGGAGUAAGGAACCAGACAACGGAAAGCACUACAGACGACCCCGUCCACCUGGAAAUCAUAAUAUCUAGAUGCUUCAAGAAUGCCAUGGAACAGGAGCUGUGCAGCAGGCAUGCACCGGAUAAUCUUAGCAGAGGUUGAAAUGUACAACUGAAUCAAGCAAUAUCCUUCUUGCAUUCCUGGGAUUAUAUUUUCCCUCUCCUCUUCCAACUCUAACCCUACCCUGCAGCCCCAAACCUGUAGCUAGGUGUCUGAUACUACCCCACCAAGUAACCUGAAAUAAUUUCUGAUCGUGAUAUGAUGUUUCUUUUUAUUUAAUAAUUACAGCGCAAAAACAAAUCAUCACCUGUGUCAUCAAACCCCCAUUAGUACUGCCUCUAAUUGUCCAAUAUGAGAGGGAGAAUUGGGACGGUCGAAUCCUUUGGAUUCAAUUUUAUUUCACGGGAUUGUGGUUUUAUUUCAAUCUGAUGUUCCGAGAUCUAAUCCUGCAGGUCUAAUUAUGUUUCUUUUCCCCCUCUCCCUCAAAUAUUGAAAGCGGUGGCCUUAAAUUUUGUGUCCUGGCUGCUGGACAUGAUUUGAAUGAUCUCCCUUAUCUAGUUGUGAAGUUGUUGGAUGGAACUCCUUGUUGGAAAGGUCAGGCACAUGUAACACUGCCCUGUCCCUCCAGACUGGAGUACAAGGGGGAGGGCUGGGGUAGAAGAUGUUGGGGGGUGAAGUCCAACUCUUGGGACAAGUUUUGGGUGGGAGUUGGUGAGGAUCCUGCAGACAUCAGGGCUGCAGAAUUGAUGGGACAACAGUACCUUUUUUCUUUGUUUUUAAAAUCUGUGCUUCCAAGGGAGAAUGUCAGGAAAAAGUUGUGCCUGAAAUGAACCUGCCCGCCAAUGUGUGGGAAGGCUGGUUGGAAUCACUGGCCCUCACACAAUCUCUACGUGGCACUGCGGGCCCUCGCUGUAUUCCUGACGGAGCUGGGUGACAGCUUUAAGGCAAAGGACACAACUUUGAAAUUGUUUGUCAGUGCUCCGCUAUCAUGGGUUAGGCGUGUGGGUGGGAAGGUGCAUGGGCAAGAACAUUCUUCCAUCUGUGUAAUUACUGAAAGGUAAUGGUAAUAUCCAUUGCUCUUUUUAUUUUUGUCACUUGUAAUCAGUUAGUUUGAAAUCAUGAUUUGAAUGAUCUCCCUUAUCUAGUUGUGAAGUUGUUGGAUGGAACUCCUUGUUGGAAAGGUCAGGCACAUGUAACACUGCCCUGUCCCUCCCGACUGGAGUACAAGGGGGAGGGAUCACUGCCCUAGCAUUAUUGUCCACUUAUGAUUACCUUUAUAAUGUAAAUUUGACAGUGGAAGAUUAAAAUUCUGUGACAAUGAAUUAGGUGGUUGUUAUAGAGCAGGACUGGGAGUUCAAUCAGGACUUGACUCUAUCCAGGGGUUUGGGUGAGGUUACAUUACAGUUUUAGUUUAAAUCAUUAAUUUAGGGAUGUAUUAUUAAAAGUUAAGGUUACUUUUCCCCCUUGCACUGUUUGUAUACCAGGAAAGGGGUUCUGCUGUUUGGCGCCAAGUGGUUUUGAUGAUUUUUCUUAAUUUCUUUGCUCUGUUUUCAAAGCCCCGACCCAGUGGUAUGCAGCUCUAUUGGAUUGCCGAUCUCUGCUAUCUUGGCCAGCUAAUUAUUAUUUACGGAGAAGCCCAGGUAGUUAGUGAUGAGAGUGGGGAUGUUUUUCACAUUGGGAGGAAUUUCAGGCAAGUCCUGACCACUAGCAAACCCGCCAUCACCAAUCCUGUUUAUUUUCCACUGUGCAGAAGGAGUCAGCUGUGUACAGUCAUCUUGUUUCCCAACACUUUAUUCAGGAAUCUUGCUGUCCUUUGGCCAAUCCAAAAAUAGUCCAUGGCUUCUUCAUUGAAACUUAAAAGGAAGGGGAAGGGACAAGAAGUGAGGCACGGUUCAGCCCGAACAAAGGCAGAUUGAGGUCAGGUGAAAGUUUAACUGACCCCUCAUUGCUUUCCAGCUCUUAGAUUCUACAUCCAGGGAGGAAACAAUUCUGUAAACCUUGUGAAAUAUCUCCCACCACUGACCAAGCCCUGAGUCAGCUUUGGGUGUCAACCCCCUUUAGAAAAUGAUCCCAGCUCGGGUUGUUAGCAAAUAUAUCUGUGAAGCCUUAAAGGAGUGCACAUUUAAUAGCACCAGAGUAUUUAUUUAAAAAGCUUUAAUUUCGCAUUGAAAUGCAUAGUGCACAGAUUGCGGUAUGUUAUGUAGUGGACAAUGCCUCUCUCGUGCAAGCACAUGUGUGCAAUGUGUGUCUAUAUAGUGUGUGAAUGUAUUUGUGCACAAUUAUUUGCAUUGCACACAUGUAGUGAAUGAACUGCCAUUAAUCGUUCAGAUGUUGCAGAUGAUGAUAAAACACUUCUGCAUGUUUGGGUUUCUGGUUCAGUGCAUUGUUUUACAGGAAACGAUUCUUGAUGGGUCCCUCGAGAGAGUGACUUAAAUUCAUGAAUGCUGUAGUGGAUCUGUGCUCACCCACUUUAGGUUCUUAAGAUCUUCACUAGUAGGCCUUUCAGCCUAAUCAAGCCUGAUUUACCCUUCCUUAAGACAAUGGCAGAUCUGAUUGUGGUCUCAGUAACGCUAUUUGUUUUCUUGCUUGUACCCAUAAUGCUUCACUCCCUUGUCAAUCAAAAAUCUUUUGAGCGCCAUCUUGAAUGUAUCCAAUGACCCAGCCUUCACUGCCCUCGCUGGGGACCACAGUUCCAAAGGCCAAUGACCCUUUCAGUAAGGGAAUUUGUCCUCCUGUGCCUCAUCUUAAAUGGGUGACAGCUUUUACUAAAAUAGUGCCCUCCACUUCUGGAUUCCCCCAGAAGAGAAAACAUCCUCUCGGCAUCUGUUCUGUCAAGGCCUGCAGAAUCUUCUAUUUCUAUAUGAUCACCUCUGUUUUCUAAACUCUGCUCGGUGCAGACCCAAUCAACUUCACCUUUCUUCAUAAAAACAUAGCUUCAUCUCUGGAAUCAGCCAGUCGAAUCUGUCUGCAAUGUUUCCAAUACAAGUUCCUUGAGUGAUAAGACCCAAGAUGUACAUAAUACUUUGGUGCGAUUUUAUCAACAUCCUGUACAGUCAUUUUAAGGCUUCCUGACUUUAAAUUUAUUUGAAUAAAACUGGGCCAAUAUCCCAAAUGUCUUCCUA